AUGUUCGUCCGAGCCCAAUUUAACUACGACCCGCAGAAGGACAACCUCAUCCCUUGCAAAGAAGCAGGUUUGAAAUUCCAAACCGGAGAUGUAAUCGAGAUUAUCAAUAAAGAUGAUAGCAAUUGGUGGCAAGGCCGGAUAGAAGGUUCUUCCAAUGGCUCGGCAGGGCUUAUUCCAUCUCUGGAGCUCCAAGAAUGGCGUGUUGCCAGCACAACCCAAGAGAAUCAAUCCGAAGGCCAGAGCUGCCUUUCCUUUGGGAAGAAGAAGAAAUGCAAAGACAAAUAUCUGGCAAAGCACAGCUCAAUUUUUGACCAGCUUGAUGUAGUAUCUUACGAGGAGGUGGUCCAACUGCCAGCUUUUAAGCGAAAAACUUUGGUGCUUAUAGGAGCAAGUGGUGUCGGACGAAGCCACAUUAAGAACACACUGCUCAACAAAUACCCAGACAAGUUCGGAUAUCCUGUUCCAUAUACAACUCGACCCCAAAAGAAGAAUGAAGAGGAUGGGAAGAACUAUCACUUUGUCUCUACAGAAGACAUGACAAAAGACAUCUCUGCUAACGAGUUCUUGGAAUUUGGAAGUUACCAGGGCUUUAUGUUUGGCACCAAAUUUGAAACUUUGCACAAGAUCCAUCAGCAGGGCAAAAUUGCCAUCUUGGACAUUGAGCCUCAGACGCUGAAAAUCAUCCACACUGCCGACUUUUCUCCUUUCGUUGUGUUCGUUGUUCCCCCAAAGCAAGCCGAUCAGAUAGAAACCUUGCAGCAACUUCAGAAGGACACAGAGGCCAUCCAAAGCAGAUAUGCCCAUUACUUCGAUCUGGUCCUGGUGAACAACGGUGUGGAGGAGAGCCUCGAACAACUGCAGGCAGCUUUCGACCGGGCAUGCAGCUCCCCACAGUGGGUGCCCGUUUCUUGGGUGUAUUGAGCUGGCGGCACCACUUAAGGCCGCCUCAUUGCAGCAUGUCGAGGACAGUAAAAGGAUCAGCCUCUUCCCUGCUCUACGCUUCUGCCCAAUACGCAACCUUCUCGGAGCUGCCCCAUCGCCUGUUACUGCCAGGACGAAGAGUCCAGUCCUCCCAGCUGCAAAUAUCCCCAGAAGAGCAUCUGUGUGCGCGGCUUGCUCCUCCUUUGUUCUGUAUUUCCCAUUUCUUUGCAGAUGUUAGCAGCAGGGGACGGUCCCAGAAUAUACCGCUCUUCGGCUAUCAAUAAGGUUUUAAACAGGGAUACUAGAAACACAUUCUAGGUAAAAGCCAUAAUGCCGUGAAUGUUAAGAGCUGUGUUUUCAUGCCAACACAUUUUCCUGUCUUUCUGUUCUUUUUCCCCAUUUGUGACAAGAAGCGCCAUCCAAACCUCUGCAUGAAUGAGAUUUAACUCCCUUCACUCAUUUUUUGAGGAAGGGCAGAGAACUCUGAACUGAUGUUGGACCUCCUGUUCAACUAGCCUUUUUUUUUUUUUGCCUCCGUCACAAAGUGUUUGUUCUACCACUGCACCCAAGCACAUCAGGAGGGGUACGGCCCUCAAUACCUUUGUAACUAACAGGGAUAAGCAGAAGGGAGCAUGGAUGACCAGGUGUUAAAUCCCAUGCUCUUGAGGAUGCCAAAAAAUAUAUAUAUAUGAAACAAACAUGCAAUAAAAACAUUCGGUUGAAUCCAUUACAGGGAAAACUUAAUAAGCAGCAAUAAAAUAUGAUUCAAAAACAUG